CGGCCGCUUCAUUUUCAAACUCACUCGGUCUACCACACACACGAUGGGGAUCCUCGGAGCGAAGCGCGAAGCCCAACUCAAAGCUGGCAUCGAGCAGUGGCUGCUCAAGAGGACCGACGACGACGUCCCGGAGCUCAAGCACAUCAAAGAGAUCCUCAAGUCCCACGACACGCAACACCACGUGCUCCCGCUUGCGUUUCACAAACACAUCAAGCCACCGGUGAAGCCACCCCAGCGAUUGCUCUUCAAGGAUGAAAUCGUGGCGGGGAAGCGUGUGCCGUUCACCAAGGCGCUGGCCGUCAAGGGCCGCAAGCGCAUGGACGUGAUCCACGAGUCGGAAGACUUUAACAAGGAGACGCGCCAAGCGGCGUACUCGACCCAACUGCUGCUCCGUUAACCAGCCAGUCUCGAGCUAUUUACAAAUCAAUAUUUAUCUCCACUUAUUAUCUAUGAA